AUGAAGAAAAAUGAAAUUGAAUUUCAAGAUAAUUCUAUAUCCAUUAAGAGAUAGCCUCUUUUAGAUAGAAAAUAAAGUUAGGAUAAGAAAGAUGUUCUUAGAAAAUCAUCAUUUUAUGAUGGUGCUUUAAGUUAAUUAAAAAAAUCUAUUCUUGAAGUUAGUAAACAUUAAUUGAUUGAUAAACAUGUAUUUAUAUGAUAUAUGGUAGCCAUCUCUUUAAGAAUUAUAUGAUUCCUUAUCCUUAAUGAGUCUUUAAUAGAAAUGCCAUUAACUUUUAAAAUCUGUCUAAGAAUAAGAAGUCUAAGAAAUUCUAGCCAUAUUAGAUCAUUUUAAUACAAUUUCACCUAAACCAAAACUUAAAGAAAUUUAUGAUUAAAAAUAAUAGACUAUUCUUCAUAUAUCAUGCUUUAAAAACUUACCAACUGUUGUUGACAGAAUUUUAAUGUAUGAAAAAGCUAAUUUAACAAUUGAGGAAUUUAAUAUAUGGAUAAAUUUGAAAAAUAAGGAUUCAUUCACAGCAGUUCAUUUUGCUGCUUAUGUUGGAUCAUUAUAAACAUUAGAAAUUUUAAAAAAAUUUGGAGUAGAUUUAAAAGUAAAAAAUGAAUAGGGUCAAAAUGCACUAUCUAUUGCAGCUUAAGGAGAUUAAGUUUCUGCUAUGGUUUGGCUAUAUAUGUAAGGGUUGUCUUAUACAGAAUAAGAUGAGAAAGGUGGAACUCCUUUACAUUGGGCUACUUAUUAUGGAAGUGAGUUUGCUGUAUAAUUUUUAUUGAGUUGGUUAUAAAAAACAAAGGAAGGCAAAAAAAUUAUUAAUUAGUAAGAUACUGAAGGAAUGACACCUUUACAUUUAGCAGCAAUGACAGGAAAUUAAAGGAUUGCUAAAAAACUUCUUUAUAAAGGGAGUAAAAAAAAUAUUAGAGAUAAAAGAAAUUAAACUCCAGCUUAAACAGCUUUAGAAAAUGAAUACGAAAUAAUCUAUAAAAUUUUGGAAACAAAUAAUUGUCUAUUAGAAUUUUUAAAUAUCCGAACAAGGUAAAUGCUAAGUUCACUCUUAUUAGUUAUAAACCUGCCUCAAUCAGUUGGAGUUAGAUAUGUUCAUUUUUUUUUAUAUAUUUCUAUUGCAUGAUUGGUUCCGUGAUUUUUGUAUAUCCAUUUUUUGAUACUGAUGUUUGGUUAUAAUAUUUAUCCAUAGCUUCAUUUUUAAUUGGAUUAAUUUUUUAUUUUUUGACUAUGUAUAUUAGUCCAGGAUAUGUUAAAAAAAAUGAUGAUUCAAGAAAACUAUUUUCACUUCUCACUUAAUAUGAACCUUGGGAAUUAUGUCCAGAAUGUUAAAUACAUAAACCAUUAAGAUCAAGACAUUGUGAAUUUUGUUAAAGAUGUGUAAUUGUUUAUGAUCAUCAUUGUCCUUGGUUAAAUAAUUGUGUAAAUAUUUAUAUUUUUAAUUAAGAUAGGAGCUAAAAAUUAUCCAUAUUUUAUUUGUUUUAUUUGGACAAUCUUUAUAAACUUAAUUCAUUUAAUUAUAUUGAAUGCAAUAUUUUUGAUACGUGAUUAUCCUAGUUCAAUAAAUAAUAGUCGUUAUCCAUGGUUUAAUCAAGUCAAUAAUAUAAAAGCACUCGAUAUCUCUAAAAUAUGUGUUCAAUCAUCUAUUUUAAUUUUAUGUAUACUUUUUCUAUUUCCUUUGGCAUAUUUGAUCUAUGUUUAAAUGGACAAUUUAUUUAGAAAUUAAACUACUUUUGAAAAAUAUCGAUAAGAAGAAUAAACUAAUGUUUAAGGUUCAAAAGAUAAAAAGAGUUAAUAAACUAUUGAGUAUAUAAAUAUCAAUAUUGUAGUUCUACUUCAUCUAUUAAAUCAUAAAUGUCACAUAAUAUAUCAUGUUCAAAUUGUAUAGAAAUGUGUUGCAAUAAUUCAAAAAAUACUUCAUAUCAAAUAUGA